CCGGAAGUGUCGCUCCCCGGGUGGGGGCUGUUCAUGGCGGUUCCGGGGUCUCCGGCACAUUUACCGGGUGUGGGGCUGAGUCCGACCGAAGUUGAGGCGGCGGCGCUCGAGGUGUUCGCCGGUGUGAAAUGACCGAGUACAAACUGGUGGUGGUCGGAGCUGGCGGUGUGGGCAAAAGCGCCUUGACCAUCCAGCUCAUCCAGAACCACUUCGUGGACGAAUAUGAUCCCACGAUAGAGGACUCCUAUCGAAAGCAGGUGGUUAUUGAUGGUGAAACCUGUUUGUUGGACAUACUGGACACAGCUGGACAGGAAGAGUACAGUGCCAUGAGAGACCAGUAUAUGAGAACGGGCGAAGGCUUCCUCUGUGUCUUUGCCAUCAACAAUAGCAAAUCAUUUGCAGAUAUUAACCUCUACAGGGAACAAAUUAAACGAGUGAAAGACUCAGAUGAUGUGCCUAUGGUGCUCGUGGGAAAUAAGUGUGAUUUGCCAACAAGAACGGUUGACACAAAACAGGCUCAUGAACUAGCCAAGAGCUAUGGAAUUCCCUUCAUUGAAACCUCAGCCAAGACCAGACAGGGUGUUGAAGAUGCCUUUUACACACUGGUAAGAGAAAUACGCCAGUACCGUAUGAAAAAACUCAACAGUAGCGAUGACGGGACUCAAGGCUGUCUGGGUCUUUCAUGUGCAGUCAUGUAACCAAAUAGAGUUUGGAAUUUCAUCCUCAGAACAGAGCCACUUUUUGAGCUGCACUGACACCCUGGUCCUGACUUACCUGGAGGAGAAGUAUUAAAUACUCAUCUUCCAGUCUCCCUGUGAAGCCCCCUGCCAGUAGUAGAUCAGCACAGUGUUCUCUUGUCUGUUCUCUACCUGAGAAGUUCUCAGAGCAACUACCUCCUCACUUGGUUGUCUGACCAGAGAAAUGCACCUCUCCUUACCAGUAUUUCUUCUCCCUGGGCUUUUUUUCCCUCUGGGCUGGGUUUUUUUUUCUUCUCUAGGUUUUUCAUUUGAAAAGAAAUUCAUGCUCUGAAACAGAACCAAACUGUUGAAAUACUGUUGAAAACAGCAUUUUGAGCUCCAAAACACCAACUGCUGGUGAUUUUUCUUUUUUGAUGUUGAACUUGGACCCGUGUUGCUAUUUGGAGCAAUUUUAUGAAUAACUUUUGUUGAAGUCACUGUCUGGUCUUGUUUAUGAUGUUAUCUGCUACAUAUGCUAACCUGUCAUCUGCUCUUCCUGUCACAAAUACGAAAGCCUACUCCAAUCUCAGCUCUGGUAUCUGUUGCUAAUACUGAAUUUUGUGUCUACUCUGGUUCUCCUCUGCUUCUAUGUCAUUAGAAACACCUUUCCUAAUGAAGUGCCUUUUUCUUAGAAGUGAUUUGUAGAAUUUUCCUGUUUUAUUCAGUGAGGAAACCUUUAAAAGGACCUUUAUACAUUAAGAUGAACAUCACAAGAUGUCUCUGGCCAGUGCACUUGUAUAGGAUGGGCCGGCAGGCCUGUGUGAUAUCUGAUAUCUUCAUCUCAGAGAUGGUGUGUCUGGUUUCCCAGCGAUCUGUUUAUAGAACCUACAGGGAGAAAUCUGAAACUAGAAAUACUUAAGAAUCAUUUCACUUAUUUUUUACUCAGUCUCCGCUUUUUCACCCCACCCCAACCCCAAGUUAUUGCCUACAAAUUGUACGUGCAAUUUGUAGUUAGUGUUUCCUUUAUUUAACUUCUCUUCUUAUACAGAAAAAAAGUUAGUACUUAAGAAACAGCCAGCCAUCACAGGCUAAUUUGGACCGCGCAUUUACAGCUGUAUAGGCCUUAUAAUAAUUUAGGUGAAAUUUUCUUCAAAAGGUGCAACCAAUGAUCUUCAAGUGUUAAAUGCAAUAUAUUAACAGAAUGAAUAAUAAGCAACUAAAUUUUAUUUUUGUCAACCUCACUACAUUCAUCUGACUUUUAUUGACUGUUAUACAUAUUAUUUGGGGGACAGGGUGUGCCUUACCAUCUUGAGCUCGCUAGUUAUUAGUUCACUUGGCUAGAGUAUGGUGCUAAUGAGACCAGGCUCACGGGUUUGAUAAUAAUGCUAGCCAUUUAUUACCAUGCAAAGAGAAACUCUGCCAGAGCCACACAUUACCACUCCUAAUUCCAGCCAAUUUUAUCAUCUGAGUAUAUGCAACUCUGAGAUUAUGUGGGUCUGUGUUCCCUUUGUUGGACAGUGUACAAGUUGUUUUUACUGUAUGAAUUGCCUACAGUUAGGUUAAGGCAUAGCGUAUCAGCCCAUCAUUUAUUAAAUAUCUGCUAUGUGCCUGCUGUGUAAGAAAGGCUACUUCUGGCCUUUCUCUUAAAAAUGUGAGACAAACUGAACAAUCCAUGUGCCAUAGGGAGCCAUCCACUUACAAGUUUCAUAGUCUCAUUCUCCUGGUGUGUCUUUCACUCUUCAAGGUUUUUCUUCAAUAUGUUCUAAGCACAGUUGGUCUGAACUGGGCCAAAAUCCAGAUUUACAAAUGGUUUCUUUCCUAUUAGAUCCUUGUUAAACUUAGGUGUGAUAUCUGGCUGGACGAGGUGAUAAACCUAACUGUUACGAACAAGUUAAGCCAUCCAAGGUAGUCAGGCUUCAAAUAUGGCUUAUGGAUAAUUCUGGAUGCUGAGACAUCCCCUCAGUUACCUUGAAUUCUGAGAGUUCAGCUUCCCCCAAGUGAAAUGCUUAGUCAGCUAUCAUAAACUUUGUAUUCUUUUGCAGCUGAUAUUUGCUGUUAAAGGUUGUGAGUUCAAGAUUAUGAGGAUAGAUUAUCCUGUAUGGCUGAUGCUACACUGUUUAUUCCAUAAGUUGUUUCUAUGCAAUGCUGUUUAUAUUCAAAUGGCUCAGUGUAGAAUCUUGGUAAUCAAAGCGUCACAGCACAGGGCUUGUGAAAGGUAGAAUUGAGAACAAGAAUUUACACCUACUUGUUCAGUGGAUCCCAAAGGCUGUCCUAAAGCUGUGAGUUCUUUCAUCUUUAAUCUUAAUGAGAUGUGAUUUGUGUGUGUGUGUGUGUGUGUGUGUGUGUGUGAGAGGCAAUUGGGGUUAAGUGACUUGGCCAAGGUCACACAGCUAGUAAGUGUAAAGUGUCUGAGGCUGGAUUUGAACUCAGAUCCUCCUGAAUCCAGGGCCGGUGCUCUAUCCACUGCGCCACCUAGCUGCCCAUGAGAUGUGAUUUUUUUUUUAAUUCAACAUAUUCAUGGGAAAAUUUCAGAUUCUUUCUCCCCCUCCUGAAUUUCAGUAAGAAGAAUCUAAUUUUAUUUUAACUUUGGAAGGUUUCUUUUCCUCUGAACCUUUCAUAAUCCUUAAACCCAAAUGUAGCAUGUCUGGCUCCUGGAAUAUAAGAAACAAGUGAAAAAAUGAGGUAGUUUAGCUUAAUAAUAUGAAUUAAAGAAUCACAAGAAGAAAGAGGCAUUCACUGGGGUGAACAUUAAGUUUUGGUGGUUUAUGUUUGGAACUGACAGCAUUUUAAUUUAUCUUUCAUAAUUACCACUAAAUUAUAUGUAGUUGUGUGACCUUAAGUAAGUCACUAAACGUCUGGGCCUCUGCGAGGAUAGAAUCAGGCUGCAGAGGCCUUUCCAGUCCCAACAGUCUGUGAUUCUACCAGCACAUGGCUAACAUUUUUCAUAUUUUGUUUUUGAAAGGAACCGUUUGGUUUCAAAGUGGUAUUUUCCAUGUCAAAGUAUCUGUCGCAUAGAUUUCCAAAUCCCUGGUGACAGAAUUCAAGAGUGACCUUGGAAGGGGGAUUUCCUAGGUCUUUCCUAUGACUCUUCUUUCAUAAUUCCUAGAUGAGUGUUGUCUCAUUAGGAGUUAUAUAACCUAUAUAUUUUUGUGCCACCAAAUGCAGGAAAAUAUAUUAAUUGUGCAAAUCUGCUGUUUAAACUGGAGCUUAUUGUCCUUGGUCCUACCCAAAAGGGCUAAUGUUUUAAGUUGAAGAUUUUGUUGUAAAUUAAUCCAUCUUAAAACUACUUUUUUGUUCAUUUGAAUUUAAAGUUGGUUAUUGUUCUUGUUAAGUGAUUUUUUUAAAAAAUAAAACUGGAAAUUCA